UAGAAAGAAAAAUUGAGAAGCAAUCGGACUAAUCUGAGCACGCCGCAUCGGCUGAGGUUAAAUACAUUGUAUAAACACAAGAUAAUUUAUUUGAAAUAUUUUGGGGAACAUGCAAGAAUUAAUCAACGAAUAUAGCAACUCUUAUUAAGUACACACUAAAUUCCCAUUCCCUAUUUCACAGGAUAAAAAAAUCAAAAUGAAAUAACAAUUUGAAGUUACGAUUUCUUGAUUCACAAAGAAUGUAACUGAAAACUGUAAUCAGUUGUUGUUUUGGAAUCUUGACGAUAAUGCUACCUUUUUAGGAAAAUGAAAUGGUAAAAGUUACACGAGUAUUAUGAAUCCUAGUGGAAAGAUGGAACAUUAAUUUUGACAAUCCCGUAUUUUGGAAACGCAAAUAUAGUAUAAAAUAUUACUUCCCAAAUAUUAGUAAAACAUGGAAAAUUCAGCAGUAAAUACCCUGGAAGCGGCAGCUCAAGUGUUAAUGGCACCGCCGAAUUUAGUAAGUUCCGAGCAACGGCAUCAAGCAGAGAGUGUAUUUCUCGAAUUCAGAAGCACAAAAAACCCAUAUCAGCUCUGUAGGGAGAUAUUAGAAAAGUCCAGCUCAGAUUAUGUGCUGUUUGAGGCAGCAAGCUUAAUUAAAACUGCACUUAUCCGAGAAUGGAAUUUACUGUCAGCAGACGAUAUUACUUCAUUGAGAGAGUAUUUGCUUAGCUACUUGCUGAGGAAGGAAGCACCCCCUUUUUUAAAAGAGAAAUUGUUACAGACAAUUGCAGUUAUAAUAAAAAGGGGAAGCAUAAAUGAUGGCGGUAGAGAGAGAAAAGCAUUACUUGAAGAAUUGGAGAAAAUAAUUCUUAGCUCACCAAUAAGCCAACAAAAGCUAGCAUGUUCUCUCAUAUUAGCUAUAAUGCAAGAGUACGCCAUCACUGUAAAAUCAGCUGACGUUGGCUUAAUAUGGGAAGUGCAUUUCAGACUUAAGAAAUCGUUUGAGGCUUUGGAUUUGAAGAGAAUAUUUCGUUUCACUGUCAGUAUUUUGGAACAAAUCGUCCGUUCUGGUCACCACCCUGAAGGAGAACAGGCUUUACUAACAAAACAGCUGUUGACGAUAGUUGAAACUGUUUUGUGUUGGAGUCACGUGUCACCUUUGCUUUCGAAAAGGUUGAUAGGUGCAUUUGAGGCUAUAUACGAAAGUGAUACUGCGCCUGCGUUGCGUUUAAGCAUUAACUGGAGAGACACUAUAUUGCAGCCAGAGUUAAUAGCGUUGUUUUUUGAAAUACACAUGUAUGUGAGAGCUACACCACAGUUGGCGAGCCCGUCUCUAACUUGUUUAGUACAAUUGGCUAGCUUGAGUGGCAUUGUGGUGUUUGCGAGUAACUUAAAACAGCAGUAUUUAGAGAAUUAUGUGAAUAGUUUUAUGAAUAUGCUGGCAUUCAUACAACCGCUGGAAAGGGAGAUGUUGGGUAUAUCAGAUAUUUACAGAAGAUUGGUCCAGUUCUUUACACCUGCCAUGAUAGCUGCAAUGCCUCCAGCGUUUCUACAGAAUCUAACGAGUUACACUUGUCACUGCAUAAGAGGAUCUAUAAUUGAAGAGGGUGUUAACGAAGACACGGUAUGGAGAGAAUCACUAAACAAGUUCCUACACACCUGGUGUUCAAUAGUUCAUGAUACAGAUGGGUUUUCCAAUGAGAGACUUGUGAGCCCUUGCAUCGAAAUCUUCAUGACCUAUUUACAGUGUCGACUCGCGCCUCCUGAUGGGACAAGAGGUACAGAAAGCAGCGACGGUUGCGGCGAUGACAUCAAGGAUGAUGUAGAAGAUGACGAAAGACAGCUACAUAGCAAUGUUUUGCUGACGAUUGGAGCGAUUGCGCGAAAAGCUCCUGCGCAUUGCUGUCAUGUGCUGUACAACUUGCUGACUGAUAGAAGCAAACGGCUUGAAAGUCAACUGCAACUUAUGCAUAUGGGCAAAUUGCAAAUAGUUACCGGUGGAGAACUGGUUACUCUAUUCGAAGAUCUUCACUGGAUUUUAAUGAUAACAGGUCAUUUCCUUGCAGUGGAUUGUACAGAGGGUGAAACUGUAAUGAUUCCAAGUGAGAUAGUGCAAUACAGUAUGUCGCAAAAUGCAAAUAUAGACGCUUCACUGCGAUACCUCGUCGGUGAAAGCAAUUCUACUGAAAAUGUUGAUCCCAUUUUAAAGUUGGUGGGCGAGAUCUUACGCAUCAGCACGUGGGAGUGCGCGGCGCUAGAGGCAGGUCUGGCCUCGGUGUUCAGCCCCGAGCUGUCGGCCACGCUGUCCUGGCUGCUCAAGAUAUGGGCCAACUCCUACCUGGUGCCGCAGCCCUCGCAGUACUCAGAGGUAUUAGAGGUAGCAUUCGGGCGCGGCUCGCGCGGCGUGGCGUGGGUGGUGGGGCUGGUGGCGCGGCGCGCGGCGGCCACGCUGCGGCACCUCUCCACGCAGCCGACGGCCGCCAAGCACGCGCUCAUGCUGCUCGCCACCCUCGCGCACUCGCACCACAAAGAGAGUCCCCUAGCCAGCUGUGAGGAGUUCCUCGCGUUAGUGGCGUGGGAGGCGGCGGGCAGCAACUUGCCGGGCGAGCUGCGGAGAGAGCUGCAUAGAGCGUUUGCCAUCGCCGCCACAUUCGCGGAAGGUGACGUAAGAAACCGCCUUCUGGGCAGCACGGUGGCGCUGCAGGACAAGCUGAUGAACAUCAUCAACACGGAGGUUGACACCGAGCCCGUGCGCACGCUGCUCGCAGACACCUUGGACUGCUUCAUUGGCGUCACUGAAGGUGUGCUCGAGGUAGGAACCAUGGACGAGCAGUUCAUAAUGCUGAUGGGGGCGCUGGACAAGAUCCCGGCGAUCAUAUUCCGCUACCACAACUACCCGGGCGUGGUGCUGCCGUCGCUCAACCUGCUCGCCAAAAGCGCCAAGCGGAUGCUGCACUCUGUGCAACCGCAGAAUGUUAACAAAUUUCUGGAAGUUUGCAAUACAACAUUCGAAGUGUAUAUGAGAUGGAACUCGGGAAAAAUAUCGAGUAUCCCGCAAGAUGCUGAAGAGGAAGCCUAUGAGGACAUCUGCGCACUGAUGGAGGUCAUAAGCAGCGUGUCACGAUGCGGCGCGGGGUGCGGGGCGGAGGGCGCGUGGGGCGGCGCGUGCGCGCGCGGCCUGCGCCUGCUGCUGCCGCUCAUCACUCCGCCGCUGCUGGCGCUGCCGACGCUGGCACUGCGCGCCUACCGCAUGCUCAGAGACUUGGACCACGCUGAUCAGGUACAGUACAUCUGGCGCGGGGGCGGCGCGUGCGCGCGCGGCCUGCGCCUGCUGCUGCCGCUCAUCACUCCGCCGCUGCUGGCGCUGCCGACGCUGGCACUGCGCGCCUACCGCAUGCUCAGAGACUUGGACCACGCUGAUCAGCUAACCAACCUGCCGUUGGAAGACUUCAACAUGGUGAUCACAGCGUUACGCGUCGGCCUCACCGCGGUCUCCUGCGACGUGUCCACUCUGUGCUGCGACACCAUCGUGGGGCUCGCGAACAAAGUGCGGAUCCUCGGCGACGACAACCCGUACGCGAUAUCACUUCUCAGCCUUGCUGAGUUAUUGCUGAUGCUGAUAAUAAAGAUGGAGAUCCCACCGGACUCCAUCCCUGCAGCCGGAGCCGCGAUAUACGCAUUAACUUGCGUCAAACCCGCGCUUCUAGAAGGCUUGGCCAGACAACUGAUAGAAGCCUUCGCUGUCAACGACCCAGCGAACGUUCCCAGACUAGAAGAGGCCUUCGGGGUCCUCACCAAUGGUGUACUGUUCGAUGGUCUGAGGACCCAUAAGCUUCGUUUCCAGGACAAUUUCGACAAAUUCCUGGCGAGCGUGCACGGUUUUCUCAUUGUGAAGUAAUACGUUUAGUUUUGGUAAUUCGGUUAACUAUUUUGCCAAUGGCGUGUGGUCGCAUUGGAGUUUGCGAACUGUCUUGCCAAUGGUUCGCUGUCGCAUUGCAUUUUGUGAACUAUUUUGUCAAUGGCUCGCAAACGCGUCGGACUUUGUAAACUAUUUUGCUGAUGGCCCUUAGUCACAUUAUACUUUGUGAACUAUUUUGCCGAUGGCCUUUAGUCACAUAACACUUUGUGAACUAUUUUGUCUAUGGGUCGCAAAUGCUGCGGACUUUGUGAACUAUUUUGCCAAUGGCUCGCAAACGCGUUGGACUUUGUGAACUAUUUUGCCGAUGGCCCUUAGUCACAUAAAACUUUGUGAACUAUUUUGCCAAUGGCAUGUGGACGCAUCGUAGUUUGCGAACAGUCUUGCCAAUGGCUCUUGCGGUCGCGUUGGAUUUUACGAACUAUUUUGCCAAUGGCUCGCAAACGCGUCGGAUUUUGUGAACUGUGUUGCCAAUGGCCUUUAGUCACAUUACACUUUGUGAACUAUUUUGCCAAUGGCUUGCAAACGCGUCGGACUUUGUGAACUAUUUUGCCGAUGGCCCUUAGUCACAUUACACUUCGUGAACUGUGUUGCCAAUGGCUCGCAAACUCUUCGGACUUUGUGAACUAUUUUGCCGAUGGCCCUUAGUCACAUAACACUUUGUGAACUAUUUUGCCAAUGGCUUGCAAACGCGUCGGACUUUGUGAACAGUUUUGCUGAUGGCCCUUAGUCACAUUACACUUUGUGAACUAUUUUGCCGAUGGCCCUUAGUCACAUUACACUUUGUGAACUAUUUUGCCGAUGUAUCGUGAACGCGUCAGACUUUGUGAACUAUUUUGCCGAUGGCCCUUAGUUAGAUUACACUUUGUGAACUAUUUUGCCAAUGGCACGCAAACGCGUCCGACUUUGUGAACUAUUUUGCCGAUAGCCCGUGGUCGCAUUAGACUUUAUGAACUAUUUUGCCAAUAGCUCAUACUCGUGUUGGACGUUACCAAACAUUUUGCCAAUGGCCCCUUUAUGUAAAAGAUUUAAAUAACUAAACCGUAUAGUAAUAUCACAUAACGCAAUGCAAAUACGUACGUUACUUGCACAAGUUGUUGUUCACUAGUGCGAAAUAGAUCAUAAAGUCCAAUUAAUUUCAACCUUAAUUACUUGAUUUUAAGGUUGAAAAUUUAUUUAUAGGCGUUUUUGUGUAUGACAGACAAAGACAUGCAAAUUACAAACAUAUUGUAUAAGUGUUUGUAUUAGAGUAUUCGAUAUGCAAGUGCGACACAGUAUGCGCAAAGCUUAUGUUAGUUUAUAAAGUUUUACAUUUUUGACUAAAACUAAACUCGUACAAUAUAGUUCGUGUUAUAUAUUAAUUUGUAUGGUGAUAUUAUUUUGACACCACUGUCAAUUUCCCCAUACUAUAUUUGACAUUUUGUAUAUCUAGUAACGAACGAGAGUGGUGACCCUGUAAGCUAGUCAUGGAGCCAUGGAGGUUUAAUUCUCAGCCGUGGAAAAGACUGGAUCGCAAUUUAAUUUAUUGAUUUUUGUGUAUUUAAUAUAAUGUUAGAGCGAGUACAUUAUAAGUACCCUAAAUUGAUAUCUCGUUGACUUUUAUUUAGCGUAUGUCUUCGUGGAAUGUAUGAGAAACCAUAAAUAGAAAUGGCUGAGUUAACAUCGCACUGAAGCAGUACAUAUUCGCGGUACUAGCAGCGUUCAAAGGUUGCGCUGUGACUACGCGAUGCUAGUGCAGAUCUAAUAAAGAUGGCUGCGUUAACAUCGCGUAAAUGCAGUGCAUAGACACGACGCUAGCAACGUAUACGUGCUACGCUGCGAUUAUGCGACGCUAGCGCACCGUAAAUAGAGAUGGCUGAGUUAACAUCGCGCUGAUGCAGUACAUACUCGAGCUACUAGCAGCGUUCAAGGGUUAAGCUGGGACUACGCGAUGCUAGUGCAGUGCUAAUAUAGAUGGCUGCGUUAACAUCGCGUAGAUGUAGUGCAUAGACACGAUGCUAGCUAUGUGCAAGUCCUACGCUGCGAUUAUGCGACGCUAGCGCACUGUAAAUAGAGAUGGCUGAGAUAACAUCGCUCUGAUGCAGUACAUAUUCGCGGUACUAGCAGCUUUCAAGGGCUACGCUGGGACUACGCGAUGCUAGAGUAGUUCUAAUAAAAAUGGCUGCGUUCACAUCGCGUAAAUGCAGUGCAUAGACACGACGCUAGCAACGUAUACGUGCUACGCUGCGAUUAUGCGACGCUAGCGCACCGUAAAUAGAGAUGGCUGAGUUGACAUCGCGCUGAUGCAGUAAAUACUCGCGCUACUAGCAGCGUUCAAGGGUUAAGCUGGGACUACGCGAUGCUAGUGCAGUGCUAAUAUAGAUGGCUGCGUUAACAUCGCGUAGAUGUAGUGCAUAGACACGACGCUAGCUACGUGCAAGUGCUACGCUGCGAUUAUGCGACGCUAGCGCAUCGUAAAUAGAGAUGGCUGAGUUAAUAUCGCACUGAUGCAGUACAUAUUCGCGGUACUAGCAGCGUUCAAAGGCUACGCUGGGACUACGCGAUGCUAGAGUAGUUCUAUUAAAGAUGGCUGCGUUACUACGCGUAGAUGCAGUGCAUAUACACAACGCUAGCAACGUUUAAGUGCUACGCUGCGGUUAUGCGACGCUAGCGCAUCGUAUUAGUGAUGGCUGAGCUAGCAUCGCGCAGGUGAUGUACUGUACGAUGCUAGCAGCGUUCAAUUGCUACUGUGGGAUUACACGACACUAAGGCAGCAAUAGAAAUAGCUGUAUGUUCGUAAUAAUCGCGCAGAAGUAGUGCAUAGAUACGAUGCUAGCGAUCGUUUACUUGCGGUGCGAUUACGUAACGAUAGCGCAGCGUAAAUAGAGAUGGCAUGAGUUAGCAUCGCGAAGAUACAGGGCGUAUAGACACAACGGUAACAACUUUCAAGUGCUAGGCUGCAGUACGUGACAAUGUAAAUAGAAAUGGUUAUUGAAAUUAUCCACGAAGUACUGCGCUAAUGUUAAGGAGCUAUUACUAUGAUAUUUGCUCACACCCAAACGUAGAGGCGAUUUCGAGUAUGCAUCGACAUUGAAACAUAGCGAAAUGCAUCUUUAAAUCUUUCAAUUAAAAAGUAUAAAACGGUGUUUCGAUUGUCGAUUCUACGACGAAAGGCAAGGGUUAAGGGUACUUGUACCUACAAGAAUGAUUGACUGUUAUGUGGGUAGAACGCAUCUAAAUAGGCCGCCGCAUCGCAACGCACACAUUUAUUUUUUAAUAACUAUAUAAAUCAUGCUCACGUAGAAUGGUGGCCAGUUUGGCUGCAUUUCCGCGCUCGACAGCCUGGCUGAUCCUUUGCGCGACUGCAUUUCCGCGCUGGACGGCCUGGCUGAUCCUUUGCGCGACUGCAUUUCCGCGCUGGACAGCCUGGCUGAUCCUUUGCGCGACUGUAUUUCCGCGCUGGACGGCCUGGCUGAUCCUUUGCGCGGCUGCAUUUCCGCGCUGGACAGCCUGGCUGAUCCUUUGCGCGGCUGCAUUUCCGCGGUGGACGGCCUGGCUGAUCCUUUGCGCGGCUGAAUUUCCGCGCUGGACGGCCUGGCUGCUCCUUUGCGCAAAAAAUGAGCCCUUCUGUUGGUAUAUAUAUCUUAACACGUUCGCUGCGGCACUGAUUUUUCUGUUCUUUCCCCUGGUACGAGGUUUUUUGACCUCGUACUAAAAUUUUCUGUGGUGCGGAACGAGGUCAAUUAACCUGGCAGAAAGUUCUAGUACGAAGUCAAAAAACCUCGUACCGUACCAGGGGAAAUAACAGAAAAACCAGUGCCGCAGUGAACGUGUGAAUUACGUAGCGACAUCACGCGACGUCACACUCACAGACCGCUAGGCGUAACACUCGGAUUUUUUUUUACUUUUUAAUGGCAAUUUUAACGGAGCUAAAAUAUACAACUUUACGUUAGGAAUGACUGAGAAGCCAAUAUUACACUUUAAUCUAAGACAAAUGCUUUGUGUCUCCAGCAUCAAAUCUUGACGUAAUAGGGAUGAUGACUGUUUUUUAAAUUUUAUAUAAAUUAAGAGUAUGCUAAUAGUAAAGCAAUUUUGUAAAAGGAACAGGGUAACUGCGAUCAUUACUUUCGGAGCUACAGGGAUUUAAAGGGUCAGAUUUGCGGCGCUGCCGCGGAACCCCGAAAAACGCCCCAUACAAAAUGGUACGAACUAAUGACGUCGUAGGUAAUGUAAUGAUCGUUAGAUUUGUAUGUGCGUUCAAACAAAAUUACUAAUAUAUUUGUAAUUUGUGCGUUUAUGUUUAUAGUUCACGUAUUAAAAAAUGUCUCAUUUAAUGUAAGGAAGCUAAACUGUAUGAAUUUUCAAUUAAUUACGAUAAAAGAUUUUUAAUAGAUUUUGAAAUUUUAUAAUCUCAUUUAUUUUGCAAAUAUCCAGACAAUCUUUUUAUGUAUAAAUUGGUUAACAUUGACGGUAUUUACCCGAAUGUAUCAUAAAAAUCAAUAUAUUCAAACCUAGUUAUCAUCCCCAUUAACGACAGAAAAGUUAUUGAAAAUAGAUGUAAACACGACUAGAAAGCCCUUAUAUAUUAUGUUGCGAUGCGGCCAUAUCAGCCUACAGUGUGUGCGAGCUUUAAGAGUGACCGGUAUGUCCUUCCAAAGGGCUGUGUUAUAGUAUUAAAAUAUUUAAAUCGAAUCGAUAAAAUCUUUUACUUACUUGUAUGUAAAAAAACAGUCCAGUAUAAAAUGUACGGGCCAAAUAAGAAUGGGAUUGUCUUGAAGUUAAUUUUAUGUUUAGAUAACAAGAAAUUAUUCUCGAUUUUCAAUACUACUAACUGAUAUAGUAAUUAAUUAGUCUAAGUUGUUCUUCGAAUGUGUUUAACCUGACUAGAUGGUUCAUAAAGGCAAUUGCCCAUCUCCGGUUAUGAUUCUACUUUAUUAAUGAAAACAUUACUUUAUUGAAAAAAGUUUGCGACAACGUUUUAUCACAUUUUUUAUUCAUCUUUAAUUUGUACUUAACGGGGACAGGCAAAGAUCGUUGACAAAUUAUGUAACCAGAUCCUUUUUUACACAUCAUAUUAUCAUCUUCAUGAACUUUUUGUUGUGUUGAUGAAUGAGUUGAUCACUCAGUUAAUCACUUCUACUUGGUUGAACACUGUAUCAUACUGAUGUACUUGAUGGUACUUAGUAUCAUCGUGGUACGUACUACUGUAGCAUCCAAGUGCAACUCUCCCCUCUUAUCCAAGGCGUGUAUUUAUAGGCUAGUCUGUUGACAGCCCAGGCUGUUGACACACUAAACGGGGUUAUAUACCUCGGUGCCUGAGGCCAACGUUGCAUUGGCCGGUGGGCAUUCACCUGUGUAAUGUGUUUGACCAACCAUCUAUCGCAAUUUUAGAGCAGUCCUGUGAUUGGUCUUUGUUUUACAGUCCAAUCUAAUGCAAUACUGCAAAUAUACUCUGGCACCAUUGAGCUUACCGAGCAUACAAUUAAUGUAUAUGAAUAAGUAUUCGCUUAAUUUUCGAUUUCGUAAUGAGAUUUGCGAAAAUACAUGUCGAUAUAUGCAUCAUAAGUUAAUCAACGAAUACAAAAUUAAAAAUCCUAUUUUUAUUUGGUUCGUAUAUUGAAUUUUACAUAUUUUGUCUCGUAGCUUGUUUGUGUGAGGCCUAAAUCGAACAGGGUGCGUGUAGCUUCGAAGAGAUUGUAUCCUUAUGAUAUUACCUUUUAAUUGUGAACACUGUAAAAUACUGACCCCUUUGACGGAAACAUUUAAUAAGACGAAUUAUGUUAAAAAUGUACUAGUUUCUUUAAUCUAUUAUGUCCUUCUGUAAUGUUAGAAAUGGACAUCUACAGAGGUGCACAGAGUAUUAAUGAUUGUAGUUUUUGCUUUUUUGUGACAAUAGAAAAGUCCCUAAUGGACACUAUCAUCAAGAGUUGUAACCGUGAAAUGUGAAACUCUGUCUUAAAUUAUUAUACUGUUACGAACUAGGGCUCGAGGAUUUGGAAUUAAACACCUGGUGACUCUUAUAAGACUUUGUUCCACUCCUUAAUCCAAGUAUCAAUACACACUUCCAAACGCAGGCAAUUCGUAGUCCAAAAAUUGUAGCCGAGUUCACUCUAGUUCACUUGUAUCGCUGGUAACACUUGAUAUUCACUUCACUUCGUUUCGAAGUAAACUGCAACGAGCGUCGUCUCCGUUGCGUAUUUAUUUUAUACCCACUCAGAACGCAUCCAGAUCAUUCUCGGAACGCCUACAGCCGUGUAGAAUAUUCCACUGAGUUCGCUAAAAUUAAAACAAUAUAGAUAGAUAAGCGAUCAAAAUAACUAAACAACUCGAAAGGGCGAGCGAUUAUGAACCCUAUGUUUCUAGUAAUAGGGUUCUCCGUAACAAUACCUAUUACUCUUUAAUAUAUUCUAUAACACUAUUGAGUGCUCUCGCUCCAGACAAUCCUAUAAUUCGAUUCCAAAGCUCCAACGAAUGUUUAAAUUGAGGGCCGAGUCUCAUAGGAAACGAUACGUUUCACUUACGGGUCUUUGAGCUGUAGCUCGCCAUUUGGCUCGCAUUUUUUUUCAUACUCAAAUAUUCAUAGUGUUAAAUGUUAAACAAAGUGUAAAUAAAUAAAUAAGAGAAAAGAAACCAUUAUUUAUAUAAUUAUGUAAUUCGUCUUAUUAAUUAUUUCUCUAAUAUUUAAAAAUGAAAAUGGAGCGUGCAUGAGAUUCACAACGAAAUUAAAUAGAUCAGCAAUUACGGCAAAAGGUAAAUUGUAUAUAUUCCGGUUGUGAAUGUAUAAAUGGAUUUAUUGAUGUGGUAUUAAAUAUUUUCAGAUAAUUAAGUUAAGAGCGUAGGAAGGGAGUACACCUUUUUUGUACUUAAUUAUAGGAAAAUAAUUGUGAUUUCUUCUUAUGCUAGUUAAAUUGCAUUAUUGAUAAAUAUUUUUAUGGAUAUAAUAAUAUGGAGAUUACGAAUCGGUGCUCAUUUGGUUGUAGGUAAACAAAACUUGUGAAUUAAAUUAAAUUGACUCUCUAGGGAAUAAAAGGGGUUUUGCGAAUUAGGCUGGAGAAGUGAGAAUAAGUACUACCAUGUUACUCAUACCUAACAGCAUUGCUAUGGUUUAAUAUGUCACAUGAAUAUGUGACAAAUCUUCAUCAAGCAUUUAUAUAAUUAGAGUAAGUUCAAAAUGGCCGCCAUAAUUUUUAUUACAACGUCAAUUUAGUUUAAUUUGAUACAUGUAAUGUACCUACAACAAAAUUAGCACCCUAAUUUUGACGGACUCGUAAUUGUAGCUAUAAAAUUAAAGCUUUGAUAUAAUUGACAUCUUUAUGUAACAAAAUGUUGAUCUUUUCACUCUUUAGAGGAAAUACCUAAAGAGACCGUCUGAUCGUAAAAGUGUUUAGUUUAUUUUUGUUUCGGUGAUAUUCUUUUAUUCCAUUAAUUCUUCGCUAGAAAUUAUUUUUUUUUAUGUUCCAAGAAAAAUAUAAAAAAUGAAACUUUUCCGUUAAAUUAUUUUUAAUUAGUAUAGUCGGGUGCAAUAGUUUUGACGUUUCCGUACAUCGUGCGUCAAGACGCGCAAUACAAGAUUUUAGGUAUCCCUCAAUACGCAGGCGCGCGCCGGCAGGUCGUAAAGGUAGCAUUCCGAUCUUGGCAACCGCGACCUGCGACCGCGACAUGGUCGCACGAUCCACUGCUUAGUAUGAAUUUAUAUGGUCGGACGACGCAAUCUCGGGCUUUGUUUAGUGCUCCAUAUAAAUUUAUACUAAGCAAUGGGUCGCGCGGUCGCAGGUCGCGGUUGCCAAGAACGGUAGGCUACCUCAACCCUGCAAUUAGGGUAAGCUGCACCUUAUUUCGGAAACGUACCGCCAAGCGAAUUAGCGUUCUGGUACGAUGUCGUGUAGAAGCCGAAAGGGGUGCUGAUUUUUAUCCUCCUCCUAACGAUCAAGUGAGAUUUAUGUAAUCAAGGGCUAACUUGUAAACAAUAAAAGCGUCAUAAAGAUUGCAUCCGACAACAUACAGGUUUUCUUUUAAAAAUGAUUGAUUGAAUUGAAAUUGAACGAGUGAUUCAGAUAUUCAUUUCAGGUAGGUUUCACUUUUAUUUUGUCUAAAAAUUUAAAUACCUAGUCCUAAGUAUACUGUAUACCUAUAUACAAGUAUUGAAUGUAAUUUUUUUAUUCGCCAGUCUCCGAUUAUAUUAUGUUCCAUCAACAACAAUUAAUGCGUUUUUUUUCAUUAAUUAGCUAUUAUAGUUAGGUAUAUAAUUAAAUAUAUCGAAAUCUGAUAUUUGUAAGAAAUAAAUUUAAAAAUAAUUAUACGUUACAUAGUUUUAUUGUAAAUAAGCAAUCGAAUGCAGUUUAAUACUAAAGCUACAUUUGCUAAGUGAGAUAAUUUUUUAUUUAAUUGUUAGCUUUAUCGAAUAUUGAGUAGGUAACAUUUUUCUCUGUGUUUUACGUUUAUGCUAUAUGCCUUGCACAUAACAAUCUAUUUAUCUGUAAAACCGCUAAGUAGUCAAAUAAUAAAGAUUCUUCAGACUAUGUAGGGAAUGAAAAUAAGGGAGAAAAGACAAACAUAGGGGUAGGGUGUGAAAUGAACUGUAGUAGUGGGUAAUACAGUGGCAAUGUAUAACAAAUAUAGAGGUAAGGUGUGAGUAGGGUAGGUAACUUAGACCAAUUAUUGUAAAGGACCUGCCUCGCUAGACGUAACUUUUCUGUCAAAGUAUAUGAUCAACGAUCUAAUGCGAUUAUAAAAACUGUCUCUAUAUAAUCGAUGUUAAAUAGUUGUAAUCGUGUUCAUCGAUUAAAGAGCUCCGUAAAAAUACCUUUUUGUGUAAUUGAAUUGUGUAAAAAACGGGCAAAAACUUCUAGUUUAGUAUAAGAUAUAUACCAAAUCUAAGCUUGUUUUCCUCAGAAAAUGACAGACAAUUUUGUUCGUGACUAUGAGUGCGAUACAGGUCCUUCUAUAAUUGGUCUUAGGUAGGUAAGGAUAUGGAAGAAGUGAACAAAUGUCAAAGAGAAAGCUUGACCGAUAUAAAAAUGAAGAUGGUUAUUACGGAUUUUUUUUUUUUAAAUAGUUUGGGUAGGUAGGGGCAGGCAGAGUAGGGUUGGUGUAGAAUAGGAUAGGGGUAGGGAAUGAGUCAAAGCUUGACCGGGUCUGCUAGUAUAUUAUAAAUGCGAAAAAGAGUUUGAUUAUCUGUUAUGCUUUUACUCGUACCUACAUCUAAAACACUGAAGCUAAACUAAACACUAAACCAACUUACCUAGGCUAUAUUUUGUCCCCGUACUCCCAUGAUUAGUAAUAAUGAUGGUUCACCUUACAUUCCCUUCAUACUUCUGUGAAGAAUUUUUAAAACAGAUGAAUUUAGAAAUCACGUUUUUUUUUAAAUAUUUUUUCUUUUCAGUUUUAUUAGAUAAUUUAUCUUAUAGACUGUUUAUAAGAUUAUAGAUGUUAUUUCGUAGUAAAAUUACGAAGAUGCGCAAAUAGCUGUCGAGUUUUUUUUUAUUACAUAAUGGCUGCAAAACUACUUGGCAGUAGAUUUUUUUGAAAUGUUAUGAGUUGUUAGCUAGAUUUACUUUUGUAAAAACAAAUUAAAUAUGGCCUUAAAUAAAUUUAAAAAAGAUUUAUUAUUUAAAAAUUUCUAAUCUUUGGAGUAUUAUACAUUUUAUAAAAACCUGUAGGUAGGCUAUAGGUAGGUAUAUGUUUUCAGAAGUCCAUUUCAGCCUCUUUACUAUUCUGAAUUAUGAUUUUUCAGGCCCAAAGUAGUUUUACCAUUAUGGUAUCAUGGUAAACUUUUAUGUUAUUUAUAAUAUUUAUGGUCAUUUUUUCGAUGAUCAUCACGAAAGUGAUCAAUUACUUAUCCAGUAUAAACUAAGAAAACUGAUUAAAAUUAAAGUACUUCUCUCAGUAUUACUUAUUCAGCUGUAUUUAUUAAAGCUAGCGUCUUGAAGCAAUGGACACUUACACAAAAUAGGACUUAGUUGAUUAUAUUUGCUAUAAUUUAGCAUGCUAGAUAGGUUUUAUAUAAAGUUUGACUAAAUUACAUUAUGUUGCUCUGUAUAAUAUAUAAGGUAUGCAAAAAAAUUUACACUAUUGGUCAAUAUUUGUUUUAAUUUAUCUCUAUCCUAAAUUUUUGUAAUUAAUAUUAUUUUAUUUUCAUUUGUCAUUCGAUUACUUAGAAUAUUCUGUAUUUGACUUUAAGAAAAUUUAAUAUUGAACUUAUGUAUAAAAUAAAGUUCUUUCAGUGUACAACAAAUUUUAUUGGCAAAACAAUAAAAUGUACAAAUUUUUUAAUAAGUA